CCGAGUCCAUCCCCCUCUGAAAGGCAGAGCCCAUGGCCUGCUGUGUUUCCAAUUCCAACCUUCUCACACAACACUGAACUGGCCUUAAGACAAGGAAACGAGAUUUAUUUAAGAGAUGGCACCCCUAUGACAUCACCAAGUAUCAAAUCAGACAUCCUGGAGCGCCUGGCAGAGGCCAUGUUUUUCUACACAGCUUACCCCAAUGAUGCCCAGAGAUGUGCAGUGGCAGAGGCACUAGUUGCAAAGCAUCCCUGCUUAAAGGAGCCCGGAUCUUUUAAUGGAAUUUAUGGGUGGCAGGUAAGCCUAAAGUAUAAGUGUGGAAACUACCGGACAAAACGGAAAGCACUUGGAAGCACUGAACUCCUGAUAAACUCACUGAGAAACAAGUCAAGUGAUGAGCGAAAAGCCGCUAAAAAUGUCAAGAAACCAAAGAGGGCAGAGGUGAAUUACUUGCCCUCACACCCACAUGGUGAAACAGAUGACACCCUUGAGAAUCUGAGACUUGACCUAAUUGCUGCCCAUCAGACAAAGGACUCUGUCAGGAGCACAAAUGAUAUGAUGGCCAGAACAUACAGCUGGAGAAGACAGGAAGUUAUUACCAAGUCUCCUGGUGUGGCAGAAUUCAAGGAAAGAUGGCCUGCCCUCUUCGAACCAUUCCAGGUAAACGAGGAGUUCCGAAGAUGUACUGCAGUUUCCCUGGAAGCGACGUUUAUGUCACAGCUGGACAAAUACACCCCAAAGCUCCUAGAACUCUUUAGUGCCAAGGGAGGAGCAACUGGUCAACGCAUCAAAAAGUUGUUGAUGGAUCUGAUACAGGACCCAAGUGCCACUACAGUGAAGAAGAGAGAUGUCACUCUGAGAUGCCUCUUUGAGUAUAUGGGAGAGAGUGGACAGGAGCUUAUCUCAGAUUACUGUGGGGCCGCAGAGACCAUUGUUCAUGAGGACCUGAAAAUUAAGAACAUGAGCAUCUAUGUCUGCCGUGAGCCAGAUGCAGUAGGAAUCAUCAUUGAGGGAAUACCAGUCCUUACCAAUCUUGGAAACCUGGCCAAAGCAUGCUGCUUCCUGCUUGGGUUGACAUAUGCACUUAAUCUUGAGUAUCCAUCCAAGCUUUCCAAAACAUUUGAGGUGUUUCAAAGACUUUUCGUGGGACUUGAGACACUGCGCCCAAAACCAAGCCCCAAGUUCAUGACCCUGAAAAACAAACUCCUUGCCUAGGCACUCAGACAUGACUGUCACUGCACUUGUGAACAGCUGUUUUCUUUGUCUGUUCAACAUCAUUAUACAUUGGACAUAAUGGGUGUUAUGUCCAAUGUUAUAUUGGACAUAAUUGGACAUUCAGGUUGUUGUAAUGGUUUAUCCUUGUCAUGUUUUAUACUGUACACAGGUCAUACUUCCUGGUGUGAAAAAGUAAUUAUAUUUUAUACACACAAAAUAGACCUGCUGUGAAGCUGCACUUUAAAAACUGGUCAGUAGGUGAGAUCAGUGAGAUGUUUCAAAAUAUUCACACACGCUGUGAAGGUAUUAUGCCAAGUUGAGGUCAGAUGGUCAUGCUUGUGACCUGUAAUGUUAGUGUUAUAAUGUUUCAAUAUUAUGUUCACACUGUACUGUUAAAAGGAUAGUUCACUUCAAAAUGAAAAUUCUGUCAUCAUUUACUCACCCUCAAGUUGUUUUAAACCUGUAUGAAUUUCUUUCCUCUACAGGACACAAGGAAGAUGUCUGAAGAAUGUUAGUAACCGAACAGUUAACUGGACCCAUUGACUUCCAUAUUAGAAAAAAAUAAAAAGACUAUGGAAGAACAUUCUUCAAAAUAUCUUCCUUGUGUUCAGCAGAAGAAAGAAAUUCAUACAGGUUUAAAACAACUUGAGGGUGAGUAAAUGAUGACAGAAUUUUCAUUUUGAAGUGAACUAUCGUUUUAAGGUGUUUUACUAACCUACUAUUUACAAGCUGAGGUCAUAUUUUGUUUAAUACAUGAAUACAGAAGUUCUUGAUUGUUUAUACUGUCCAGCUCAUUCCCACUAUUUGGAUAUGGCAUGUGAAUUGUUAAAAAAAUAGCAAGUGCCAGUUAACUUGAUAUUAAAAUGUUUUAAUAUUAUGUAUGUACACACAGUAAAAUAUACUGUGAAGGUGUUCUUCUAACCUGCACUUUAUAAGUUGAGGUCAUGCUUUUUUUAAUGCAUGAAUAGAUGUUAUUGAUUGUUAACACUAUCCAGCUCAUUUUGAAUUUGGUUUGUAAAUUGUUACUUAAUUUUAAAUUUUAAUUUUAAAUUUUUAAAUUUUGUAACAUUAUGUACACAGAACUGUACUGUGAAGGUGUUCCACUAACCUGCACUUUAUUUGCUGAGGGCAUGUUUUCUUAAAUGCCUGAAUACCAAUGUUUAUACUGUCCAGCUCAUUGCUACUGUUUUGGAUAUGGCAAUGAUUUAAUAAAUGUUGGAAAUUGA